CUCCAAGGGUAACUGUCAGUGUCUCUCUCGCGCGCGGCCCUGCCCCCCCGGCCGGCCUCUCCGCCGGAGGCACGACUCCAAGGACAGUACUCAGUGCUGACCUGAACCUGGUCCAUCCCUGACCGACCAAAACUGUUUACCCACAGUGGAAGGGACCAGGUAGCCAAAUGGAGACGCCACCAGUCAACCCAGUGGGAGAGAAAGACCCCUCUCAACUACAACGACAAUGGGAAAAGUACCCCCAGAAGAACCUUGAUUCAACUACUCAAAUUGGGCAGCAGCCCCAAGAGCCACCUAUUGAAGUUCUUGAGCUGAAAGUGAGCCCGGAUCCAGCCAGUCAAAUUCUAGAGAAUCCUCAAGGGACUGACAAACUGGCUGCUGGACUUGAAGAAGACGCUGAUAAGUCUCAUAGAUCAGCCAGUGAGAUGCCAGAGCCCCUCCAAGCUUCUGACCUCUGGCACUGUCCGGAUGGGAGCUUUGUCAAGAAGAUCAUAAUCCGAGGCCAUGGCUUGGACAAACCCAAGCUGGGCUCCCGCUGCCGGGUGCUGGCUUUUGGGUUUCCUUUUGGGUCAGGGCUGCCAGAGGGCUGGACAGAGCUAACUAUGGGGUUAGGUCCAUGGAGAGAGGAAACUUGGGGGGAGAUCAUAGAGAAAUGCUUGGAAUCCAUGUGUCAAGGUGAGGAAGCAGAGCUUCAGCUCUCUGGGCACUCUGGACCUCCUGUUAGGCUUACACUGGCAUCCUUCACUCAGGGCCAGGACUCCUGGGAGCUGGAGGCCAGUGAGAAGGAGUCCCUGGCCAGGCAAGAACGUGCAAGAGGCACAGAAUUAUUUCGAGCUGGGAACCCUGAAGGGGCUGCCCGAUGCUAUGGACGGGCUCUUCGGCUGCUGCUGACUUUACCCCCACCUGGCUCUCCAGAACGAACUGUCCUUCAUGCCAAUCUGGCUGCAUGUCAGUUGCUGCUAGGGCAGCCCCAUUUGGCAGCCCAGAGCUGUGACCGGGUGUUGGAGCGGGAGCCUGGGCAUUUAAAGGCCUUAUAUCGAAGGGGGGUUGCCCAGGCUGCCCUUGGGAACCUGGAAAAAGCAACUGCUGACCUCAAGAGGGUGCUUGCGGUAGACCCAAAAAACCGGGCAGCGCAGGAGGAGCUGGGAAAGGUGAUCUUUCAGGGGAAGAAACAGGACGCAGGGCUGGCUCAGGGUCUGCGCAAGAUGUUUGGAUGAUUAAAAGUUAAACCUUAAAAGAGA